AUGCCCGAGUCCGUCCAGUCUCUAGACACCAUAUCAAACUCGUCGGGCGACUCUUACGAUUCGGACGAGGAGGACCGCCUUGCAGAACUCGAGUGGCAGGAGAGCCUCCAGCAGCUUCAGCAGCUCCUCUCAAUAGUCCUCCUCCCGUACCUGGGCAAAUGGCUCGGUAGGAGAUGGAGUUAUUGGGCCUACGCCCGAUACGUCAGACUCGGGCUCGGAAAGUCCUUCUUUCUCGGCGAGCGAGGCCUUUGA